AUGCUGAAUAACAUAGAAGAGUUUAUAAAGCAAGUUCCAUCAUUCAAAGAAUCAAGACUAAACUCAUUAUAUUCGGAUUUUGAAAAAAACAAACAAUUAAAUCCAGAAGGUUAUCAAGCAAAUAUACAAGCAUGGAAGUCAUUAAUUUCAAAAUUAAUUACCUCAAUUAAAUAUGAUUCCGAAAGUCAAUUAAGCCUAUCUGUUUAUAAUCCAAAUCUUAAACAUGCGUUAAUGAUACCUAUAUAUGGAGAGCCUAAAAAUUUGAACGGAAUUUUGCAAGAGUUGGUAAAUGAAAGGUUUUUGGUUCCAGAAUCAUUAUUCAUGGGUGCAACAGAGACUUAUAUUGGUGUUGUAAAUAAUCAUUUCACUUUAAGAGAUUAUACGUCAAUUAAUGCAUGGUUGCAUUGGAGAUCAUUGAAGAACUUUCAGGUAUCGAAAAAUGAUAAAUUGGUAAAUGAUAAAUAUAUAUACUGGGAUGAAUUAGUAAAACUAGGUGAGAAAUUCAAGAACAAUAUAAAAAGUAAAAUAGUCGAUAACGAGAGAUACUCAAAUACAUUAUUUACAAAUGAUCAAUUAUACAAUAAGAUUAAUAAAGAACUCAAUAUAACGAAACAGGAUUUCAAGAUAUUUUUGAAGUAUAUAUCAAGGGAUUUAAAACUAUGUAAAGUCAAAGAGGUAGAUGGAGUAACAUAUAUAAAGUUUCCGAAAUCAGAACGAGAUGAGAUCACGAACGAAGACAUACUGAUAAUAAAUAUCAAAUCAAAUUUACAAUCACUAGAUAUUAGAGUAAAAGAACUUGAGAAAAAAUUACAAAACAUAGAUCUAAAGUCAGUACUAAAGUUUCCAAAAGAUAUUCAAAAAUUGAAAUUAUCACAAUUGAUAAAAUUCAAAAAAAACUUGACAAUAAAACUAGAUCAAAAUAUAUCAUUACAAAAUGAAAUGUUCAACAUAUUAAAUAAAAUUAAUGAUGCAAGAUUCAACAUUGAUUACUUACAAAUUUUAUCAGAUAGUGCAAAAGUUUUAAGUAAGUUCAAUAAUGCAAUUAAUAUUGAAGAUAUUGAUAAAGUUAGAGUUGAUAUUGAUGACAAGAUUGCAAAAGAACAACAUAUAAGUGAUGCAUUGACUGAAAAUAAAGAAAUUGAGCAUGAUGAUGAACUUGAUAAAGAAUUAGAGAAAUUAUUAGAAGAAGAUAAACUAGAUAAAGAGGCUGCCGCUCAAGAAGAUUCUACAAAACUUGAUGAAGAAAAUCAAUUACUACAUAAAUUGGAAAAAUUAAAAGUUUUAGAUCAAAAAUCAGAGUCAAUACCAAAUGGAGAGAAAGCAGAAAAGAUAAUUGCAGAAUAG